AUGCAUUUGUCUUCUCUCUCUUCCCACUCUCCCAUUCUCCCACUCUCCGACUCUACCUUCUUCCCUCUCUCGCGCAAAGGGUCCUUCUUCCUCCCUCCCUCCCUCCCUCCCUCCCUCCCUCCCUCCCUCCCUCCCUCCCUCCCUCCCUCCCUCCCUCCCUCCCUCCCUCCCUCCCUCCCUCCCUCCCUCCCUCCCUCCCUCCCUCCCUCCUUCGCUCCCUCCCUUCCUUUCCCUGCUUCCCUCCCUCCCUUCGUUUCCCUGCUUCCCUUCCUUCCUUCUUUUCCCUGCUUCCCUCCCUACAUCCCUACUUCCCUCCUUCCCUCCCUGCUUACCUCUCUUCCUUCCUGCUUACUUCCCUACCUCCCUGCUUUUCCUAGGUGCUUCCUUCCUUCCGUCCCUCCUCCUUCCCUCCCUGCCUCCUACCUGACCCCGUGCUCCUCUCCCUCCCUCCCUGCCAAUCUCCCUGCCUCUCACUUAUUUACUUACCUACCUAUCUACCUACCUCCCUCCCCCCCCUCCCUCUCUUCCUCGCACCCUCCAUCCCCCUCUCCUCGCUCCCCCCCCUUCAUUCCCUCAAUCCCCCAAUCCCUCAAUCCCUCCCUCAAACCCUCAAUUCCUUCCUCAAUCCUCCCUCCAUCCUUGAAUCCCUCCCUCCCUCCCUCCCCAUCACCUCCUCCCCCCAUCCAUCCCUGCAUCCCUCCCUCCGUCUAUCUCCUCCCCUCUCAAUCUCUUCAACCUUUCUAUCUCUCGGUUAUCAAGCAUACUAUCGCUGCAUAUCCAGCGUUACCUCGCAUCCCUACCCGGUUUGCAAGUAAUUCAGGCUCAGUAAUGCUUCCCACCAAUCUGUGCUUCUUCCCUCCUUGCCCUUUCCAUCUGUGCCUGAAUUCCCUCCCGUUCCGUUUACCUCCAUCUCUCCCUCUCUCCUCCGCCCCAGGGCAUACCACUGCAUAUCCAGCCUUCCCUGCUACAGCCUCUCCUAGUCACCUCCCUGCCCCGGCAUACUACCGCUGCAUAUCCAGCCUUCCCUGCUACAGCCACGCCGACUUGCCUCCCUGCCCAGCGCGCAAGCACAUUGACUUUGACGCUCACCAGCAGUUCUCCUCGAUUGCUCACAGCACCAAGGUCACAUACGAGGCUACGCACAACCACCCCCCUCCCGCCAUCCACCGCCGCAGACGGCGCGUCCAGCUGCAGGGGUCGCUUCAGGAGACACUGCAGGGAUCACAGCAGGAGACAAAACGGGAAACGCUGCAAGGGACGCUGCAGGAGGCGCUGCAGGAAACGCUGCAUGGAUCACAGCAGGUGUCGAAACAGGAGUCGCAGCAGGAGAUGCUACAAGAGACGAAACAGCGGGCAGCGUGUGCCAGAUUGCAGCAUGGAUCGUGCGACGGGGCACAGAAGGGGACGCUGCACGGGAGGCAGAAAGGGACGGAGCAGCAAGGGGAGCAGCAGGGGACGCAGCAGGGGGCACACCAGGGGGCGUGUGCUGCGGCGUAUUCCCAAGGAGCACUACCAGUAUCUCGUCAGGCUUCUUUGUCUGAACCUCCACAACACAAGCUUCUGCUGCACGCAUCGUGUGGUGGGGCUGCAGGGAUCGUGAGAGAUGCGGUUCAGGCAUCGCGUUGUGGGCCUGCAGAAGUUGUGAGAGAUGCAGUGCAGGCAUCACGUUUUGGGCCAGCAGAAAUUGUGAGAGAUGAAGUGCAGGCAUCGGACGAGGCUGCUGCGGCAGCAGCUGUGACGUUGACGUCUUCUGGGAGUGAGAAUGGUGCUGUGCCUCGAUUGCCUCGACACGGUCCAGUUAGUGCUCAAGAUAUCAAGAAUCUGGAGAAGCGUUCAGGAUUAGACGGCUGUGUGGACGCUGGUGCUGGUGUUGGGAAGCAAACAAUCGGUUGGAAGGAUGUGUGUGUAGAUUUGAUUAGAGGAACUGUGCAGCAACGCACUGACAGGCGAAUGGGUGAAGCAAAAAAGGGUGUUACGAGCCGCCGUGCAGCUGGGAGUGACAGUGGAGCCGCUACGCCACGAGUGAGAACGAGAGGUUUUAUCAUGGGAGGAGAGGGAAGAGGAGGCGGGGAUAUAGGGGGGGUUAUUGGUGCUGGUGCGAGCAGCUGUCUGGCUGGUGGAGGAAAUUAUUUAGCAGAAAAGGAUGGUGUGGUCAUACACUUCACAGACGGGAGGAGAGCUGCAGAAGCUGGUGCUGGCGCAUCACAGUGGGAAGAGGCUUCCCAGUCAACGCUCGGGCCAGUGGCAGCACUGCAGGGGCAAGGGCUUACUCCUUUGAAGCCGCCAAUAGUUACCAUGCAGGAAUGCAGGGAUGCGUGGAUAAGAAAAGCAGAAGGCGCCGCUGAAGUGCUGCAGCAGGAGCCUCUGGGAGGAGAACAGGCAGCAGAUGUUGAAGGUGAAGCGUUGCAGCGGUCGUCUCCGUUUAACGGCUGGCACGCUUUUGAGGCUUGGAGAGCUCGAUACUUCCGUAGCCAAACAAUGCCGUCUCCUCUCAACCCCCUUGCAGUGCAGCAGCCACCAUCCUCUUUAAAAUCGUCACGUUCUUUAGUAAAUUGCGCAGCAGCAUUGGGUCCAGCGACAUCCUUUCUGCAUCCAGACGCUCCGCUGUUUCUUUGCGUACAGAGUUCGCCUCUUGUGUUGCCGGCCACACCAGGGGAGGCGCCAGAGAGGGUGGAAGAGUUGCCGAAUGGGGCUCCGUGCAUUCUGGGAAAACGUGGAGACCAUGUGAAGGCAGAGGACGGACUGCAGAAGGAUUGGUGGUUGGGAGAGGCGGGGAUCAAGGGUGAGCAUCUGGAUCCAUUUCAUCGUGCAAUUAAAAGACAGGUCAGUGAGGGCCCAGUGGAUGCCACAGGCAUGCCUUCCCCAAUAACACCUUUAGGUGUGCUCAAAGAUGGACGCCUUGAGUCGAGGAAGUUUGACAAGGCGGAUAUUGAGUGGAUUUCAGCGCAAGAGGAUCUUGCCGCACCUUGUCCUGCGGAGGUUGCCACCAAUUUGCCACCUCUCUCGUUCAAUAGCUUCAUGCCUGUGCAUGACGCACGAUAG